CUCGCACGCCCACCGCCUGCAUCCCCUUCCUCUCUCCCGGAAAAGACAGCGGGCACAGAGAGAGGACGAGAAGAGUUCGCGGCAGAGUCGUGGUAACCAUCUGAGUGGUCACGUUGCUUGUAUCUUAUGCAUACAGACUGAUACCAGCUGUUUCCCAGGACGUGCCUCGCUCCAUACCAGAUUGAUCUUAACUUCUGAGAUUUAAGAUUAAAUUAACGCUGUUUGAAACAGAACAUUGUUUUCAUCAUGAUUGUUACUAAAGAUGAGAGACCAAAGUCCAGAAACCAUGAUUUUUACCUUUUUCAUGCCCUGAUGGUGCUAAGCAUGACCAUGCUGUUUCUUCCAGUCAUUGGAACGUCUAAGCAAAAUAUUCCACGACUCAAGCUAACCUACAAAGACUUGCUGCUUUCAAAUAGCUGUAUUCCCUUUUUGGGCUCAUCAGAAGGACUGGAUUUCCAAACCACUUUGUUAGAUGAGGAGAGGGGCAGGCUGCUGCUGGGAGCCAAGGACCACAUCUUCCUGCUCAGUCUGGUUGACUUAAACAAAAAUUUUAAGAAGAUUUAUUGGCCUGCUGCAAAGGAACGGGUGGAAUUGUGUAAAUUAGCUGGGAAAGAUGCCAAUACAGAAUGUGCAAAUUUCAUCCGGGUACUUCAACCCUAUAACAAAACUCAUGUUUAUGUGUGUGGAACUGGAGCAUUUCAUCCAAUAUGUGGAUAUAUUGAUCUUGGAAUCUACAAGGAGGAAGUUAUGUUCAAACUAGACACACAUCAUUUGGAGUCUGGCAGACUGAAAUGUCCUUUUGAUCCUCAGCAGCCUUUUGCUUCAGUAAUGACAGAUGAGUACCUCUACUCUGGAACAGCUUCUGAUUUCCUUGGCAAGGAUACUGCAUUCACUCGGUCCCUUGGGCCUACUCAUGACCACCAUUACAUCAGAACUGAUAUUUCGGAGCACCACUGGCUCAAUGGAGCAAAAUUUAUUGGAACUUUCCCCAUCCCAGACACCUAUAAUCCAGAUGAUGAUAAAAUAUAUUUCUUCUUUCGUGAAUCAUCUCAAGAAGGGAGUACUUCUGAUAAGACCAUCCUUUCUCGAGUUGGAAGAGUUUGUAAGAAUGAUGUAGGAGGACAACGCAGCCUGAUAAACAAAUGGACCACUUUUCUCAAGGCUAGACUGAUUUGCUCAAUUCCUGGAAGUGAUGGGGCAGAUACUCAUUUUGAUGAGCUUCAAGACAUUUACUUACUCCCCACAAGAGAUGAAAGAAAUCCUGUAGUAUAUGGAGUCUUUACCACAACCAGCUCCAUCUUCAAAGGGUCUGCUGUGUGUGUGUAUAGCAUGGCCGACAUCAGAGCAGUUUUUAAUGGUCCAUAUGCACAUAAGGAAAGUGCAGAUCAUCGUUGGGUGCAGUAUGAUGGAAGAAUUCCUUAUCCCCGACCUGGUACAUGUCCAAGCAAAACCUAUGACCCACUGAUUAAAUCCACCCGAGAUUUUCCAGACGAUGUCAUCAGUUUCAUAAAGCGGCACCCUGUGAUGUAUAAGUCAGUAUAUCCAGUUGUGGGAGGACCAACAUUCAAGCGCAUCAAUGUGGAUUACAGACUGACACAGAUUGUGGUGGAUCAUGUUGUCGCAGAAGAUGGCCAGUACGAUGUGAUGUUUCUUGGAACAGACAUUGGAACAGUCCUAAAAGUUGUCAGCAUUUCAAAGGAGAAGUGGAAAAUGGAAGAGGUGGUACUGGAGGAGUUACACAUAUUCAAGCAUUCAUCAAUCAUCUUGAACAUGGAGUUGUCUCUGAAGCAGCAACAGUUGUACGUUGGUUCCCGAGAUGGACUGGUUCAGCUUUCCCUGCACAGAUGUGACACUUAUGGGAAAGCUUGUGCAGACUGUUGUCUUGCCAGAGACCCCUACUGUGCCUGGGAUGGAAAUGCAUGCUCUCGCUAUGCACCCACUUCAAAAAGGCGAGCUAGACGCCAAGAUGUGAAGUAUGGGGACCCAAUCACCCAGUGCUGGGACAUAGAAGACAGCAUUAGUCAUGAAGCUGCUGAUGAAAAGGUGAUUUUUGGCAUUGAAUUUAAUUCAACCUUUCUGGAAUGUAUACCUAAAUCCCAACAAGCAUCUAUUAAGUGGUAUAUCCAGCGGUCAGGAGACGAAUAUCGAGAGGAGUUGAAACCCGAUGAAAGGAUCAUCAAAACAGAAUACGGGCUACUGAUUCGAAGUCUGCAGAAGAAGGACUCUGGGAUGUAUUACUGCAAAGCACAGGAGCACGCUUUUAUCCAUACCAUAGUGAAGCUGACUUUGAAUGUCAUUCAGAAUGAACAGAUGGAAAACACCCAGAGGGCAGAGCACGAGGAGGGGCGGGUCAAGGAUCUGUUGGCUGAGUCACGGUUGAGAUACAAAGACUAUAUCCAAAUCCUUAGCAGCCCCAACUUCAGCCUCGACCAGUACUGCGAACAGAUGUGGCACAGGGAGAAGCGGAGACAGCGAAACAAGGGCGGCCCAAAGUGGAAGCACAUGCAGGAAAUGAAGAAGAAACGAAAUCGAAGACAUCACAGAGACCUAGAGGAGCUUUCUAGAGCUGUGGCUACAUAGUUCUCUAUUUAAUUUAAAGAAAAAGAAUUCUUCACCUGCAAAAAUACUGUCUUCUGUUUUAUUCAUCCUUAUAUUAACUCAUAAGAGCUUUCCAUGGAGUUUUGCUAAAGCACAAGAACAGUAAUGAAUAAGACUGUAUCUGGUGGAGAAGGCAUUAGUAAGGGCAAACCAUUCAUCUGAACCAAUUUUCCAAGAACUAAACUUACACCUGCAAAGUAUCAGAACUAUCUCAAAAGAGGGGCUUUACAUUUGUAAAUGUCUUACAGUCUGAGUUUUUGAAUUUAUUAUGUUACAUAAAUAACUGAGCUAAGAAAGCAUCAAAUUUGACAUUGUAAUGAGGUGCUUUAUUUCCCUUGUAUGGCCUUUAAGCAUGGAGUUUACCAUGCGGUUGUGCUCUAUGUUCUUAUGAACAGAUACAUCAUUCCACCCUAGAACUGGCUACCUGGUGGUAGGAUUGGAGGGAAGAUAUAAGAUACAGCUCACAUUAUCAACAGGAACUUUCCCAGUGAGCCAUUCACUCUUGGUGCAUGGUUUAGGAAUUUGGAGAGGUGCAUGACUCCUUUCAGACUCCAGGGGUUACAUUUAGUGUCCUGGAGCAUUGAUUUACUGAAGGGCAUAAAUGUUCCUCCCAGGAUUCCUUAUGACUUGUCAGGAUAACAGGUUCACAGAGAGAAGUUGGUGCUCAGUUAUGUGUCUUUAGAAUAUAUGCUGAGCUUUACAGGGACAGAAUGCUUAAUAAAUAUUUUAAUAGGAUAUGGGAAAGCAUUUAAAUAAAAUCAGGGAAACAUCAUGAUGUAUACUGCAUCCUAAUGGAAAAGCACGCAGCUGGGAUUUGUUAAGAGAAAGAAAGAAAGACAGCCAUAAAUUCUGGCUUUGGGGAAAACUCACAUCCCCAUAAAAAGGAAGAACAAUCACAAAUACAGUGCGUGAAAUGUACUGUAGCUUUACUCACUGGAAUAUAAGUAGCUGCCAAUUUGUAAUCCAUCUGUUAAAAAAAACCCUCUAGAUUAUAACAAACUGCUAGCAAAAGUCUGAGGAAAACUAAAUUUUCUAAAGGAUCAUGGGAAAAAUGAACACAAAUUUAUUUACAACCAAUGGGAUUUCAGUAUGUACUUCCUCUCUUUUUUCUAAAAAUGCAUCAUGCCCUAUAAAUUUCUAUUUACUGCCUUUAUGCUCUCCCAAAUAUUGGAUUAUUAGAUUUUAUUAGAGUGAAUAGGAAAAAACAAUAUAUACAUAUAUAGAGAGAUAGAAUUAGGUAGACAACAGUGGCGGGGUGUGCGGAUACUAUAUAUUUGUUGAAUAACA